GCACACCCGCGCUAGGCCAGCUAGGUUGGCUCGCUGCUCUUAAAGCGGUGACGCGCGCAGCGACCCAUCAUAAGCGCUGAAUACGCACCCUCACGCCUCCUGUUAAAAAGGUGGGCGCGCGGCAUCUUUCCUUAAGCGAUCGCUUCCCGGACGUGGUGUGCGAAGGUGAAAUCUGUUGCUUGGUUCAUCCGCAAUGCCCCCCAAGCUGUACAGCAUCCCGACAAGCCCCACGUGUGGGUUCGUCCGUUUGGUGGCGAAAGAACUUAACGUGAAGAUAUGUGUGAAGAACCUGAAUUUCUCUAGGAAGGAGCACCUCUCCAGGGAUUACAUGCAGCUUAACCCCUUCGGGAAGGUGCCCACGCUGGAAGAUCGUGGAUUUGUUGUUCACGAAAGCACUGCCAUUGCCUAUUACCUGCUCCGCAAGUACGCCCCUAAGUCACAGUUGUACCCGGACUGCCCGAGGAAGCGCGCCCGUAUCGACCAGAUCCUGGCCACUGUCGCCAGUACUAUUCGGCCUCACUUUGUGGAAUUUUCUCGCAAACUCUUCUGCGACGACCGAAAACCAACAGACGAGGAAAAGGCCUCGUUCAAUCGUACCGUCGUUCAGGGCUUAGUGCAUCUCAUCGAAGGACCGUUCGCAGUUGGCGACAGUCUCACUCUCGCCGAUCUGUGCAUCGUUGCCAACCUGACGAUCGCUUUCAUAAACGGCUUCGUGGAGAUCGACAAUUACACCGCCUUGGAAGCGUACUACGAUCGGGUUCUAGAGGAGCUUCCCUACUUAACUGAGAUCUUUGGAGAAGCCAUCGGUGUCCUCCUGCAGCGUCGAUCGGAGCUCCUUGACCUUCCUGUUUCUCCGACGUCUGAAUGAUCUGAGCUAAUGAUC